AGAGGAGAAGCGCUACACUUUCAUCUCUUCAAAAUGUCCGAAACAUUUAUACUUGGUCUUCUACUCUUAAUAUCUCCUCUUGUACUGCUGCUUCUGAGCAUCAAGAGAACAAAUUCAAACAAGCUCAAUCUCCCUCCAUGUCCACCAAAACUUCCCUUGAUAGGCAACCUCCACCAGCUCGGCUCGCUCCCUCAUCGUUCUCUCCGUUCCCUAGCAAACAAGCAUGGGCCUACCAUGCUUCUACAACUUGGUCAAGUUCCCACCCUCGUCGUCUCUUCACCAGAAAUCACGUGUGAGAUCAUGAAAACUAAAGAUAUCAUAUUUGCAAGUAGACCACCUUCAAAGAUCAUAGCGACUCUUCUUCAUGGAAGCGAUGACAUAGCAUUUGCACCCUAUGGAGAGUAUUGGAGGAAAGCAAGAAAGCUAUGUGUUACUCAUCUCUUGAGUACCAAGAUGGUCCAAUUUUUUCAACACGCACGAGAAGAAGAGGUAGAUUGUAUGAUGGCCAACAUAUAUGAAACAUCCCAAAAACAUGGUUAUGUGAAUAUGAGCAGCAUACUGAAUAUGUUUGCUACUAAUAUUGUCACUAGAGUUGUUUCCAACGACCUCUUUAGAGAUCAAGAAAAGAAAAGCAAUCUGCAUAUGCUUAUUGAGGAGAACUCUGCUCUCGUUGGGGCUUUUCAUCCUGCCGACUUCUUCCCACUGAUUGGAUGGCUUGAUAUCUUCAAUCUGGAUUGGAGGGCAAAGAGAAAUGCUAAGAGAUGGGAUAACAUUCUUGAGGUGGUUAUCAACAAUAAGGCUAAGCGGUUGAAGGAUGACGUUUCUCAUAACAACAAUAGAGAUUUUGUCGAAGUAUUGCUCUCACUUGAGAAUGACCCUAGUGUUGAUUUUACAUUUACAAGAGGAAACAUCAAAGCAAUACUAAUGGAUAUGUUUACUGCGGGAAUUGAUACAUCAUACAUCACACUUGAAUGGAGUAUGGCAGAACUCGUUCGCAAUCCAAAAGUCAUGAAGAAACUGCAAGAUGAGGUGAGAGGCAAAGCAAGAGGCAAAGACAUGAUCAGAGACGAAGAUUUGAGCAAGAUGAGCUAUUUAAAAUCAGUGAUAAAAGAGGUUAUGAGGCUGCAUCCUCCUGUUCCAUUGUUGCUCCCUCGAGUACUUACAGAAAGUAGUGAAUUAUCAGGUUAUAAAAUACCCAAGAAUACAAGAAUCGUCAUCAACGCUUGGGCGCUUGCAAGAGACCCCAAGUGUUGGGAAGUACCUGAUGAAUUCAGACCUGAAAGAUUCAUGGACAGUUUGAUAGAUUUCAAAGGAAACGAUUUCCAGUUCAUUCCAUUUGGUGCAGGUCGGAGAAUUUGCCCGGGCAUGAACUUUGCAAUGCACAACAUAGAGCUUGCACUCGCGAAUCUUGUGAACAGGUUUGAAUGGUCAAUGCCAGAAAAUCUGUCAAGGGAGGAUCUUGAUAUGAAUGAGACCCCUGGACUUACAUCUCGCAAGGAGAAAAGACUUGAUCUUGUUGCUAAAUUCUUAGCUGUGGGGUAAAGACUGGUACAUAAACAAGGACUAGUUAAUAUGUAUGUAAUAAUUAUAGACAUAACACACGCUGUUGGUAGUCUCUGAACUCUUCACACCUCGUCUGCUACGCUAGGUGCAUGUGCUACUAGGUCUAGCUUGUUACCCGUACCAUCGAACAAGUUUUAAUUUGUCUCUUCACUCGACGUUAAUGCUGUUGUAAUUGUUGCUGUGUAUCUAUC